CCGGGCAGCACCAGAGGCGGCGCGCAGGGCUGGUGGAGCCUCACUCUUUCAGAACCUUGUCUGGACUGCCGGGAGAGGCGGUGAGGCGAGGCGAGCUGAAGCCGGAGCCCGGGCCUUGGAAUAGUAGAGGGCCGGGGGAGGCGGUGGACUGGAGCGCAGACAGCGCUUGGACCCUGGCCGUGUGCGUGCCCUCCUGGCCAUUCCGCAUAAAUGUCAAAAGUAUUCCCUGUGAAGCAUAAGGAUCCCUGACUGUGGAAGUGCCUCACAAGAACCAUUAACUAUAAAGUGAGGCAAAGUAUGAAAGAACCAUCUGAUUGAGUUUACAAUUGGAAGACCACCAUAUCCACCAGAAGACCCAGGAUGGAUCUGCACCAAAGCACCACCAUCACUUUCCUUGAGAAAUGGUAUUCAGAUAAAUCAUCAUCUGGCUGCAGGAAACAUUAUAAUGUCAGGAAAAAACUGAAGUUAAUUCGAAUCUUAGGCCUUUUCAUGGGCCUGGUAGCCAUCAGCACUGUCCCAUUUUCAAUCAGUGCCUUUUCUGAGACAGAGCCAGAGAGUACAGGAGAGGCCAGUGGUGCAAAUGGCCCUAGGGUAGCGCAUGGUUACCUUCAGAGAACACUCUUAGAUUUGAAUGACAAGAUUCAGGAUUAUACUCCACAGCCACCUCCUUCUCAGGAAGGCAAAUCUGAAAACAGCACAAAUCAUGACCAAGGAAACUACCCAAGAGAUAUCUUCUCCCUUGAGGAGCGAAGAAAAGGUGCCAUUGUUCUCCAUAUCAUUGGCAUGAUCUACAUGUUCAUAGCCUUAGCCAUUGUCUGCGAUGAGUUCUUUGUUCCUUCUCUGACUGUCAUCACUGAAAAACUGGGCAUCUCUGAUGAUGUUGCUGGAGCCACCUUUAUGGCUGCAGGGGGCUCAGCCCCAGAACUUUUCACAUCUCUCAUAGGAGUGUUUAUUGCCCAUAGCAAUGUGGGCAUAGGCACCAUUGUGGGCUCAGCGGUGUUCAAUAUACUCUUUGUUAUUGGCAUGUGUGCUCUGUUUUCUAGAGAAAUCUUGAACCUGACAUGGUGGCCACUCUUUCGGGAUGUGUCCUUCUACAUAAUUGACUUGAUCAUGCUGAUCAUAUUUUUCCUCGAUAAUGUCAUCAUGUGGUGGGAAAGCUUGCUUCUCUUAACAGCUUACUUUGCCUAUGUGGUUUUCAUGAAAUUCAACGUCCAAGUAGAAAGAUGGGUGAAGCAAAUGAUAAAUCGCAAUAAAGUCGUCAAGGUGACAGCACCAGCGGCCCAAGCAAAGUCAUCUACAGCCAGGGACAAGGAUGAACCGACACUACCGACCAAGCCACGUCUCCAGCGAGGUGGAAGCUCUGCGUCUCUCCACAACAGCCUCAUGAGGAACAGCAUCUUCCAGCUCAUGAUACACACUCUCGACCCGCUCGCUGAAGAACUUGGAUCAUAUGGAAAACUAAAAUAUUAUGACACAAUGACUGAAGAAGGGAGGUUCAGAGAAAAGGCCUCAAUUCUCCACAAGAUUGCCAAGAAGAAAUGCCAGGUGGAUGAGAAUGAGAGGCAGAACGGGGCUGCCAAUCAUGUGGAAAAAAUCGAGCUCCCAAACAGCACCAGCACAGAAGUUGAAAUGACGCCAUCCAGUGAAGCUUCAGAACCUGUGCAAAAUGGAAACCUCUCCCACAGCAUUGAGGCUGCAGAAACCCAGCAGCCCACAGAAUCAGGUGAUGAGGAGGAGGACCAGCCUCUCAGCCUGGCCUGGCCUUCCAACCCUCGCAAGCAAGUCACCUUCCUCAUUGUUCUCCCCAUAGUGUUUCCUCUUUGGAUGACCUUACCUGACGUCCGCAAACCUUCAGCAAGAAAGUUUUUUCCCAUCACGUUCUUCGGCGCCAUCACCUGGAUCGCAGUAUUCUCUUACUUAAUGGUCUGGUGGGCACAUCAGGUUGGAGAGACAAUUGGCAUUAGUGAGGAGAUUAUGGGUCUGACCAUCUUGGCUGCUGGGACCUCCAUCCCUGAUCUUAUCACCAGUGUCAUAGUGGCCCGAAAGGGGCUUGGGGACAUGGCUGUAUCCAGCUCUGUUGGAAGCAAUAUUUUUGACAUCACCGUAGGGCUCCCACUGCCCUGGCUCCUGUACACCAUCAUUCAGAGGUUCCAGCCCGUGGCGGUCAGCAGCAACGGCCUCUUCUGUGCCAUCGUCCUCCUCUUCAUCAUGCUGCUCUUCGUCAUCCUCUCCAUUGCCCUCUGCAAAUGGCGGAUGAACAAAGUGCUGGGCUUCAUCAUGUUCGGCCUCUACUUCGUAUUCCUUGUGAUCAGCGUCCUCCUGGAAGACAGAAUUCUUGUGUGCCCGGUCUCCAUCUAGCAUGAAAAGCCAUAUCUUGAUGAUACCUCCCCGCUCUGGGUUCUAGGCUCCUUGACAUCUUGAGGAGAGGCAGCUGGCACACAGCGCCAGGCAUGUGGAGUGUCCGUCCUUGGCGGACGUGAGGAGGAGUGGACUCCCAAUGGGCCUGCUCACUUCACAGGUUGCAUCCACCCUGGCCCACUGGAAUGGCUCCGCUCAAGAGACAGGGAACUGUCCAUCUGAGGUGUCUCACCACUCACUACUGACAGGUACUCCUUGCGGGUGGGAGGUACAUUUGUUGUAAUGAAGCAAACAAUACAGAGGCUGUGUAUAUACAUAUGAAGUAUACAUAUUAUACAUAGUUGCACAUGAACACCCCCUGCCUGUUCCUGUACUAUACCCCUCCUUCCAUGUCUAUAGAGUAAUACAGACCUGUAUACAAAUACAAAGAAAGAAACAUUAUAUACAUAAAAUUAUAUAUAUAUAAAUACAAAUGCAUCUUUUCAGGGAUAGCUCUAGCAUAUUUAUAAUACCUAUUUGAAGAGGGGCAUCAAGCUUCUGCCUGAGCUUUACCUCUUAAGUGCAAGAGGUAAACUAAUGGAAUCAUUGCUGUGACCUUCAGCCUACCUUGGACUUAGUGGGAUCCUGCCUGGUAAGGUGGGUGUUUUAGGGAAAUAGGUUUGGGGAGAGAGGGCUGAGUGGAGAGGGUCUGUAGGGCCCUGAGCUGAGCCCUCUGAAGCAUUUCCACAUGCCAAACAGGGAAGACUCUCUGCCCAUCCCCACUGGGGUACACUCACCAAACCCCUAGGGUUACUUGGGUUAGACAGAGGUAAAACCCAGACUGGGUCAAUACUGGUUUGGGGGCAAAAGGAAGGUAACCAGGGUUAGGUUUAUUUGGAGUUUUUAUGAAUGUAUAUAUUGCCCCAGCAUGCAAGUAGAAACUGUGACUGCAAACCAAAUUAGCACUCUUCUAGGACAGCGAGACUAUGUAAACUGAACCAAUAUCGUUCCAAUGCAUGUCUCAUUAUCAUCAACAGAAGGGAGGAAGUUUAGCUGUGAUUGUCAUUUAGACAUAUUUUGAUGCCAAGGGCUCACAUAUAAUCAAAAUGCUGCCAAAAGAGCCUGGACAUAUAACAAGAAACUCCAUUCAGUAGAGAUGCUUAGUGAGACUUGCCACCUAAUGGGAAUGUUAACGGCAUAGUUCUACAAAGCAUCUUCCAGUGUGGUCAUAAGGGGCUUCAGUGUCUGAAGAAAUCAUUAUCCUUAAAUAGAACUAAACUGACUCCAAUCAAUACUGCAUGAGCUGAGGCAGCUUUGAGAUGUUUGGAAAGGCAUUUGUACACCAGGAAGGUUUCUGAGUCCUAUGUCUAGUGAUGCCAAGACCAGGGUGUAGUUCAAGUUCAUGCAACAACUGUGUCUCUCCUGCCAUCAGGAACCCAUCUGGGACUCUUUCUAGCUUACACACUACACUGAAAACUAUACUCAACAGCUUUUUCACGAUAGCUUCAAGCCAGUCACUCCAAGGUUUUUAUUUUCUGACUUUGCUCAGCCUUCAUGGGAUAUUUUCAUUCCAUUCAUUCAGUGCCCCCAGGUUCUGUUUGAUUGACACCUGUUUGAUUUCUUAGAUCUAUGUGAAUAGAAAAUAAAACCAGCAUGGGAAAAAACAGACAAACUAAGCUGAUGAAAAAAAUACAUAGUCUUUUAUUUCCCCAAGUUACUCUUUCCCUAAAAUUAGUUGAAAAAGUAGAGGAUGGCUCAUUGUGCGGUACUCAUCCUAUGUCAAAGUUGGCACACACCACAUAUGGGGAUCUAUACCAUGUGUGUUCUUGUCACUGGUUUAUUGUUUCACUGACGCUGCUAUGACUGUUGAGAGCACAUACCCCCUAACAGAGGGAUACAGGAUGCAGGACUCACAGCUGAGAAAAAGAGGAAGGGACACCUGACAGCCCCAAAUCAAGCUCAUUAUUUCUUCCACAAAACCUCAGCUCACUCCACAGAGCAUGACAGUAGUAGUCAGUGCCCAUAUUGCUCUUCGCCCACAAGAAAAAAGCACUUCUCAGUGGAAGCCCACUGGGGAAGGAGGAAGUCAAAGUGGCACCCCAGGAGGCUGGUUUGCAAGCAAGUCUCUCCAACUUUGCAGUCUGGUGUUCAGUUGUGUGAGAGAAACUGGCAUCUCAUUCAGGAAGGGCAAAAUUUUGUAUUGAGACAAGAAUUUGUGCCAGUUCAUUGGAGUGAAGGAGAAUGAAUAAGUGAACUUUCAGUUGAAAAUUCUGCUUGUUUUUGCUGUGCAUGAGUUGGAGGGGAGCAGAGUUGGUUAUUGCAUGAAUAUAUAUUAUUGACUGGUUUGUUAUUUGAAAGAAGGUUUGAAUAGGUGAUUUGGACUCCACUACAGACAGACUGUGAAACCAGAAAGGACGAGGGAGGUCUGGUGCAGCCCCAUUCUUCCUCCAGCUCUUCCUGAUGUGCCCCUUGCCUCCUCACUUUUUCCCAUGAAUUCCCAGAUCACAGCAGAAACUCAUCCAAGCAGCCAUGGAGCUUUCUGCUUGCCUGAGAACUCCAUUUCGUAGGGAGUAUUGUGGUCAUUACCAAAAAUUUGUACUUGAGAAGACAAUAUUUCAAGGCCCAGUUCCCACCUCAAUGAUGUGCACUGAGCGUGACAUGAGGUCCAAUUGCAAUGUCCCCCGCCGGCUGGCACACAGGCACCUUCUCCCUCCCAUUGCUUGCCCUCACUGUCUCUGCACUAUGUGUCUGUGAGACCAUGUGUUGGGCUAGGAUAAAUCCAGAGAGAGGGGUCUGGGAUACAAUAGUAGAUCUUUAAAAGCAUUAAGAUCAUUAACAAAAAAAAACUUUCUGCAUCGUAGUUUCUUUCCUAAGCAGCUCAUCUCUAGUGCCCUUUCUGCAUGCCUCUGUGUGUGUGUGUGUGUGUGUGUGUGUGUGUGUGUAGCUUUAUACCAGAUCUAUAUGUACCUACACAAAAUUACCUAUAUCAUCACCCUCUGACCCAAUCACAUUCAGGACUCAAAAGCAGGAAGCAUCAAGUUUGCCUUAGUGAAGGAAAAGGAGUCAUGCUCACCAACAACCGAAAGGAACAUUCCUCCCUGGCCUCAUAGGGUUUGUUGUGUGCACAUGCACUUACCAACAUACACGUAUGUACCCACUUCAUGUAUUUUCCCACCCUGUGAAAAUAGAUUAACAGCCUUACAGAAAUGGCCAUAUCCCUAAUGCUAGAUAGAGAAGUAAAAAAAUACACAACAGUAAAGUAUAGGAGGAAAAAUUUGGACUGCAGAUAAUCUCUUCCCUUCCCUGGAGCAGGGUAUAAAAUAUUAUCAAAAAUUCAAGAGCCAACUUCUUACUGCUCAAUCUAAAAUAAAUAAGCUACACCCAACUGGUUCCAUUUACCCACAGUGAACCAAGCAGGUCUUGCUUGCUGUCACUUCCCCUGUCGCCCUAGGCAGCCUCAGGACAGGGGAAAUGACCAAACAGCACCUUCUCAGUUGCAUCUGGAAUGCCCCUGCUAUGUGCAGCUGUCCUCUGAACCUGCCUAGCUUCUGAAGAACUGGAGCUGCAGGUCAAAGGCAUUUAUGCACCCUUCCAGGCAGGACAGAGCAGGGAAGCACAAUACAUGUGCAGGGAAUAAGAGGUAGGGUUGUUUAUCAAUUUGUCAGAUGCAGGAGGAUAUCCUAAAGCCUUUUCACAAGAUUAUGAAAAGAGUCAGGGACUGUUUUAUAUUUGGGAGAAAUGCUUCGUAAGGCUUCUAACAGGUAUCACUUCACAAGGGCCAUUAUUAUUUACUUUCUAGGGAAGACAGGAAUCAGGUGGUUUGGAGCCUCUUCAGCAAAACACAGCUGUCUUGCUGAUGAGGCAUUUGAUAAUAUUAAUGUACAUCCAUUCCUGGGAAGGGAGGGGGUUGGCAAACUAUCCACCAUUGCACACAGCCCUUAAACUGUCUCUUCUGUAACAGGAAGAUAGGAGAUGAGCUCUGAAGGGAAGCCCCCCUCCCACACCAGCUUCACAGAAAGCUGACCAAGGAAAUGACAACAGAUAGACCUGCUGGUCAGGCAGACAGUGAGGGGAAAUAGGACCUCUGUUAAGUGUUCUGCUGAAGUUACUACCUUGGAAUAUCUGAAAUGGUUCUGAUGACCUAAAAGACAAGCAUUUCAAAAAAAACUUCAGUAUGCUUUCUUCCUUGUAUCUACACACACACACACACACACACACACACACACACACACAAGAUUAUGAGGAUGCCAUACUUCCUUGCCCCUGGGCAGAUGGUUACUCUGUUAAUUAAGUGGCCAUAUUAUAAAAGGCAGCUCUGUUCUAAAAGAAAUAAAGGGAAAACAUUCUCAGGGUGAUUUCUGGAGAAAUCAACUAUUCCUGAAAGCUCAUUCUAGAAGCGAAUGCUUCUUGCUCCUUCUUGCUAGGCCAGAUCUCACAUAAACACCUGGCUUAAUAUUUUCAAGAGACACACCCUCAACUCUAAUAGCUUCCUCAGCUAUGUUGUCUUCAAUCAGGGCUUGUCAUUAAGAGAGAGUUCAUGGGGAGAAAAAAUAAGGAAAGGAAAGAAAGGAGAAAUUAUUUCCUUUUACUGGGAUUCCCAAGAAAGCCAGUGUCACAAUGAUAUAGAUCCCCAUGUAGUUUCAAAUAAUUACAAAAUUCAUACUUUUAUUUAACGAGUUAGAAAAGACUGGUUAAAAAAAACUAUCUUAACUAUGUUCAAACAUGUAAGAGAAUGCACCGCAUCCAGUUAUCUAAACUGAAGCACUUUCACUGAACUUUGUAUGUAGGUCUAUGUCCCAGACAAAAAAUAUUUUUCCCUUCUCCAGAAGGCCUUGGGAAAGAUAGAUAAUGUGCCCCUGGUUCACUGUCUAUUUGGCUUUAGCUUCUUGCCUCACUCAGUAUCUUUCUGUUUCUUUUUCAAUCUCACAGCUUCACAUUAUUUGAAAUGUAGAGCAGACAAGAAAAGCAAUAAAGGUCACACUCAUAGCCAGCUAAACUUCACUAUUUAAUGUUAUGUCAUCAUGGUAUUUCUUUCACUUCACUGGGCUGUGGCAAAUGGAGAAUUUGGGCAUCUGUAGAAGUCACAUGCACACCUGUGUUUGCUAUGGAAGUGACUCAUGCUUUCCACUGAGACCCCCUUAAUGUGUGCACUGUCAUUCUACAUGCCUCCCUACACACAGGGCAUCGGUCUUGCUCAGCACCACCUGCAUUCCACAGUGGUCUUUAACCCGACCAAUGACAACUUUCUUUCAAGAGAGAAAGAGCUAGGCAGGACAAACCAGUCCACAAGUUGGCCAGUUUUUUAGGGACAAAAAUGACCCUGUCAUUAUGACUGGAUAGACAACUAUGUUGAAACAUGUAAUAGACUGUGCAGCAUCAAAUUAUGUAAACCGAAGUACUUCCGCUAAAUGAUUGAUGAGCAGACUGGAGCACUGUAAGUAAUUUUUAAAAAACAGAUAAAUAUCUAAGUCUGAUAGAGAGUCCUGGGAUUUGCAUGGAGUUUGCUAAAGGUUUGAUUCUGCUAAGGUUGUGCAACUGAUUGCCCUAAUCUAAAGGAGAACCCUUUGGUGGGAGAGGGGCCCUAGCACAGAUGUUUCUGCUGUAACCUGGUUCCUUCCACUACUAACACUAACAACCAUCAGCAUCAAAAAGGUCUCCUUCCGGUCUUGAAGGGCUUGAAAACAAGCCCUUCAUGUUGAUGACUUAACCUAUUUUUUUUUUCUUUUCGGCAGAAAAGAACUGCAUCUGGCCACUCUUUCCUGUUUACCCUGAUGCAGUUAGGAGUCAUCACUGUGUGACUCUUUAUUCAUCAAAAGUAUCUUUAGAUUUUUAUUUCUGUGUCAUUUUUUCCUAACCUUCUUAAUAAUUUUUACAGUUUCUACUAAGCCUUUUUAAAUGCUUUAUGUCUCUCUUAAAUUAUGGAACCCUAUCACUAAUCAUGACACAAGUAUAAUGUCCUGAACACGGCUGAACUACAGCCUCAAACCUAACACUGCUCCCUGUGCCUGCACCGCUCUGCUGCCCUUACCUUUUAGGAAGUCACCCUUCAUUGCUAAUUCACACUAAUCUUGCAUUCCCUAUGAUUCCUGUAUCUUUCUUCAAAGGCAUUUGGAUGAAACCAGUGCCUUUCUCAGUUGGCCCCAAUGCAUUUAAAUAGGUCUUACCUACUAUGAACCACUUGGCUUUAUAAAAUCUCAGCCUGUUUAUUUCUAACCCCACACCCAAUUUUCAAGUCCAGGUUGGACCCAGUGCUUACUCCUCUUCAAGGUUCUCACCACCAACAUCCCCCGUUUACUUGCACUUGGCCAGUUUAAUGAGCAUUUCUCCAUCUCAUGAAUGUGAAUAUUAAAAAAUGCUAGACUACUGCCCCUGGCAUCUUAUAUUUUGUGUAAUUGACUAGUUCUUGGAGGGUGGGAGAAUCACUCCUAAUUGCUACUACACUGAACAGAAUUCACAGUCAUGAGACAGCAGAGUUGCAGAAAUACCCUAGGUGCACCAACAGGCAUUUAUCUGCCGGUGAAAAGUAUGAACGCUGGGUGCAGCGUUAUCAUAAGGCCCUGGGGAGGUCAAGCUCACAAAGUACUCAGAAUGGGGGAGGCACCCCUGGAGAUCCUUCAGAAACUCUGGACCUGCACUCACCUGCCUUGAUUUACCAAAGGGAAUUUGUAUUUUUACUUUAAAUAGGAAACAGGGGAAAUGGUUGGACCUCGUCUUAUUGCUCAAUAUUGCAGUGCAUUUACUUCCUUGUGUGAAAGAUUGGAUGGGAAUUGUGAUGUUGUUGAUUGAUGUCCUGGCCCAAGAAAGUGGGCUGUAGUUCACCAAAAGGAUGGGAAUUUGCUCCUGCAUUCUCACACACUGCGUUGCCUAUUCCUUUAUAAGGAAUCUGUAUGUAAGUAACAAAGGCCUUGAGACUGACAGUGUUCUAAAACACUCACCUAACCAAAAGAGAAUAUUUUUAAAAUCAGGGCACACACACAAAGGAGAAUGAAUGAAGUCUGGAUCCUGAAUAAAGUUGUUCUAAGGAAAAAAUUACAUGCAUGAAUUAAGAGUAGAUAAUUCCUUGACAUUUAAUUAAACAAAUCUUCAAUUCUUCUCAUCAGGAUAAAACUGAAGGACAAUGGAUGCCUUUUUGUUUUUUUUUAAUUUUUAAUGUUGCACUUUAUAGUAAUUCAUAACAGACAAUUGUCUUAAUUAAAGCCAUAAAAUACCAAUAAUGCACAUAUUCAGGGCUUCUGAAUAUAGCCAGUCAAUAAGCAGUCCAUGAGUCAUUCCUGUUUUGUAUUGUUUGUUGUAAAAUUGAAGUUUAUCUGUUCUAUUUUUUACUGCAUUAUAUUAUUGUCCUAGACAAUCCUAAUCUACAUAAAUUUUAGAUGUGCAGUUUAACAAAACUCUGAAGAUCAAAGAAAUUAUUUCACAAAAGCGUUCUUCAUUUUCAAAAUAGCUUGUUACACAGAUCCUUUAGCUAGCAAGUUUUGAUACUAUAUUGAAAAUCUCCCUUUUUUAAAAUGAUAGAUUUAUUACUUUUCAGAAAUCCAUUUGUUAUGUAAAGUAAGGUCUAUCCACAGGGACAGUGAAAUGGAUAAUUAGCAAUAUAUGCCUGGGAAAUUUGUUUCAGUUUUUAUACAAAUAUAGUAUGAUUCUAAGAAGCUCCCUUAUAAAAAUGGCAAAAAGAGAGACAUAACUUACCAAUAAUGUUUUAUGCCUAAAUUUUAAAAACCUUCCAUGGGAAGGUAGAUAAAACUGCAGACUUCAUCAUGCAUUGGGGAGUUUUCCCUUUCUGCUAAAAUACACGAUUUCUGACCUAGUAUGAUGUAUACACAGAUGUCUGCGCAACUAAAAAUUCUGGUGUUUCCCUUUAUCACGACUGUUCAUUUACUUUGAGUGAAAGUUAAAAAAAUGACUAAAGGCCAAGUAAUAACCUAGAAAUAUUCACCGCAACUGGGUAACUAAAUUACUGAUUUAGCAUAAAUGCAUAUAUUAAAUUGGAUGACCCCAAAAUUUUUCUGCAUAAAUGUCCAUCUGCCCUAAAGAAAGAGUGCCUGGACCCGGAGCCAAUGUUGUUCCUCUCAGGGCUGUUUGUGGUCUGAAGAGUUUCUCCACAGGGCGAGACACCCUUUUUGGAAGUGGGAUCCUCUGUUGGUAUAUUGCCCUGUCAAACCCUGCGUAGAAGUCCAUACUUGUGCCCUACGGCCAGCCUGGAUGUUUCUAGCUUGAGUUUGAAAAACUUCAAAAGCAACAGGUUCCAACUCAAAGCAAUGUGCAUCCUCAAAGAGCCAUCAAAACUAAGAGCAAAAGCUGCCUUCCUGGUAUCAUGAAGUUGCUGCUAGCACUAAAAAUAAAUAAAUUGAACUUGUGUUGUUUGCACAUUUUUAAAACUGACAUGUUGACAUUGGCCCCCACAUAGACAUUUGCCCUAAAACAUCUCAACUGCUUUUUGGGUAAGUUACACUAAAAUUAUCAGAAAGCCAUUUUUGUAAAGGAUCUUUUUAGGGAUAGAUGUCAUCUUAUGCUUCUCUAGUUUGCCUCCAUUUUCAAGAAGCGUUUGAGCCCCUGUCUUUAUCCCUACAAGAAUCCAGUUGAUGUAAUUCCAAAUUAUUUUUGUCAUUUUAUGUGUGUUUUGUUUAUUAUGAGCCAUUUUCACUGGACAAUGAGAUGGAUGGAAAGUUUGCGUCAGUUUAUUCUCUGUGAAUAUGUCUGUACAUAGACUGAAUGCUAUAUUUAUUUGUACAAACGCUGUUUGGAAUAACAUGUUUCUGUCACAUGGGCUUCGCUCUGAUAAAGGGAAUUUCUUUAUUGUGUUCAUGUUACACUUUCCACACCUUUGUCCUUCUACUACUGGUAAUCAACUCAUAGAAUAUCACUCUAUGUAACUAAGUCUCCUCUGUGUGAAAUAUAAUAGUAAUAAAAUUGACUCAAA